CCUAAAACGAUAAGCAAUUCAAAUGCAUAGAGAUAGACAGAGCUUCGAAUUUCUCGCAAAUGAUGGGUCCCAAAAGACACUUCUUCCCACUCCUCCUUCUCUUCUCCAUCUCCGCCUUCUUCCUCCUCUUCCUCCACUCCUAUUUCUCCACCUCUAACCCUAACUCUAACCCUAAUUUUAUCAAUUCCCUCAAAAACCCUAAACCUAAGUCCCCCAAUUUCACCUUCAUCAUCAAGGUCCUCGCAUUCAACCGCCUCGAUUCUCUAUCCCGCUGCCUCCGCUCCCUCGCCGCCGCCGACUACCUCUCCGAUCCCGUCCACCUCCAUAUCCACAUUGACCAUUUCGCCUCCACCAACAACGAUUCUCUCCAACUUGACCGCAAUUUGGGAUCCUCGCAUCGGAUCCUGGAGUUCGUCGAUGAUUUCGAGUGGAGAUUCGGCGAAAAGCUAGUGCAUUAUCGGACCGGGAAUGCCGGGCUGCAAGCGCAGUGGUUGGAGGCGUGGUGGCCGAGCUCCGAUAACGAGUUUGCGUUCGUGGUCGAAGACGAUUUGGAAGUGUCGCCGCUUUAUUACAGGUUUCUUCGGAGCUUGAUUGUGAAUUUCUAUUACAACGCUUCGAAUUACAGUCCGUACAUCUUUGGAGCUUCGUUGCAGCGACCUAGGUUCGUUCCAGGUAAACAUGGAAACAAAAUACAAUUAGAUAACAAUGCACGACUUUUCUUGUACCAGUUGGUUGGCACUUGGGGCCAGCUUCUCUUUCCCAAACCUUGGAAAGAGUUCAGGUUGUGGUAUGACAUACACAAGGCAAAAGGCAUUAAGCCAUUUCUUGAGGGGAUGGUGACAACAGGAUGGUACAAGAAGAUGGGAGAGAGAAUAUGGACUCCUUGGUUUAUUAAAUUUAUUCAUUCACACGGUUAUUUUAAUAUCUACACCAAUUUUUUACAUGAGAGAGCGCUUAGUGUCUCUCACAGGGACGCUGGUGUUAACUACGGAAAAACAGCUGGUCCUGAUUCUCAUUUAUUGGAUGAAAGUUCUCUUGAUUUCAAUUUUUUGGAAAUGCAACCCUUGAGUAAUCUGAAAUGGUAUGAUUUCUGUUUCAAAGAAGUACUUCCUGGAAGAGUUGUAACAAGCAAUGCUGAACUUGGGUCUGUUCUUUAUGGUGUGCAGAAUCAGAAGUCCAUUAUUUUGGUAAGCCUCUUUGGGGUAUCAGAGCCGGUCACUAGGAACUUGCUAUGUCAUUUUGAGAGGCUAAAUAUUUGGAACUACAUAUUUAUGGGCCCUGAAUCUGACUUCUUACUUGAUCUAUCAAGAAGGGGACAUCCAGUGAUUAAUGCUGACAAGUUUCUCAAUAGUGUCAGAGCUUACAAAUCAAUGACGUUUCAAGAUUCUAAUGCAGAGCUGAUUAAGGAGAUUUUAAUGAAGGCCUAUGUCAUCAAGAAGUGCUUGGAGUAUAGGUAUAAUUCUUGGAUGGUGGAUGGGAACAUGCUUUUCACCAGUAGUGACCUGUUUCUUGAAACCAUUGAUCCCACUGUUGAUUUCUAUGUUGGGAAAGGAUUGGAACUUAUGCAUGUCAGAAGCUCAUCUUCUGCUGAGAAAUUCUGGACUGGUGCUUUAAUGUCCAAGGUUGCUGAGAUGGUGGACUCUUUGACGAGGAAAGCUUCAAUAUCAAGAGAUGGCAGGAAUUUUGUGUAUGUAGCGGCAAACUUAUUGGAACAGAAGGGUGUGAGGAUUAAAAGGGUUGAUGAGACAAGCCUUGGCCUGAAUAUUGAUACCAAUAAUGUUAGUCGAUCUUCUUUAGGGGGUGGAAAGAAGAUGGCUUUUUGGUCUAGUGAGAUAGUUCUAGAUUUAAUUCAGAAGCGGCUUCAAGAGUUGGGUAUGUGGUUUGUGGAUAGUGACUUUUCGUGCAUAGCUGUUGUUUGUCACAAGUUAUAGCACACGUGGCAGCAAUUAAAUUUGAAUCUUUGUAUUUUAUCUGUAAAAAUUUUGCUCAUAGUCUUUAAUGCCAUUUAAUCUUAGAUGUAAACCAAAUCAAGUCUGGCAAAUUUCGGAACA